GUCCGUCUGCAGGUGCAACAAUGGCUGUGAUGCUUCUCCUGCUGACCUUUGGGGUCGGGCUUGGAUCUACAAUGGAUGCUGUUCAGGCACCACUUCACCUGGAUCUCGCUCCCAACUCUGUUGACGACAUGUAUAAAGGAUGUGAUUCAAAAAUGGAACAACUGGCAGCAGAGCUCUUGGAAAAGGAAAAAAGUAUGAACCGAACCUUUACGCUGGCUUGGCAUAAAGCACAAAAUAAAUUUGAAGCGAAAGCCAAAAAGAAAUUCCAACAGUGCCUCAACAAGAUCCGCAACAAGAUCCAGUGCAAGAUCACUGGCAAGAUCACUGGCAAGAUCACUUUGAAGGAGAAAAUGGCCGUCUACGCUUACACUCUGGAGCAGCCCAAGCUUUAUGCAGAGUUCAAUCAGGCCGUGCGCACUGAGGCAUCCUCCUACAGAACCACCUUCCAAUAUCACGCUCUCCACUUCUACCUGACCACUGCUGUUCAAAGACUCAAAUCGAAGCAGGGCAGGAGAUGUCGCACUGUCUACCGGAGGGUUGGACUCAGCUUUCGCCGAGACGUUGUGAACAAAUCCUUUCGGUUUGGCUCAUUCACCUCCAGCAGCAUGAACGGCUACGCGAGCCCAGCAUUUGGUAAAACAUGCUUUAAGAUUGAGACCUGCUUUGGGGCAGCCAUUUCUCAAUAUUCAAAAUUUCCAAAUGAACGCGAAGUCCUCAUCCCUCCCUACGAGGUGUUUACAGUGAUAUCUGUGAGGAAAUACCCUCGGCCUACAUGUGCUGUGGAGUACCAGGUCAAGAGUACCAGAAAAACACAGUCGAAUUUGAAUUGUGCACUUGUCAAAAAACAUUCAGGCAGCUCAAAUGCCUUCAAGCCUUCACAGAUGUUUGGACUUCGAAUGAUGUUGCUUCUUGUGUGCGCCAUGCUACUUUACAUGCAUUGAAU